UUACUAGUGGUGUGAAUAUCGUGAAUUAGCCAUCUUAAUCCGCGCUAAUCCCGUCCAUCAGACCUUGCACGGUGAUCGCCAUAGAGGGGGAAGGUGUGUGGCUCUGCAAUAAUGUCUGUGAAGCUGCAAAGUGUGGAGAUAGAGGACUUCAAGACGUACUAUGGGAAACAUGUCUUGGGGCCGCUGCCUUCCUUCACCGCUGUCAUUGGCCCGAAUGGAGGAGGGAAGUCAAACAUCUUGGAUGCCAUUGCUUUUGUGUUUGGGGAGCCGCCGACCAAGCUGAGGGUGAGUCAUGCUAGCCAACUGAUUCAUCGAGACAAGGCCAAGGAUGGUCGCACUCCUGCCUCCGUCACUGUGGUGUUCAGGCUCCCUGAUGGCAGCAACAAGACCUUCAAGAGGGCGGUGUCCAAUCAGAAAUCUGAGUACAUGGUGGAUGGCAUGGAGGUUUCGUUCAGGAAUUACGUGAUGAGUCUGCAAGAACUGGGCAUCAGCUCCCAGUACAGCAACUUCAUGGUGUUCCAGGGCUGUGUGGAGUUGAUAGCCCUGUAUGAGAGCAAGGAGAGGGUGAAGCUGUUUGAGGAGAUAUCAGGGUCGGGUGCUCUGAAGAAGGAGUACACCCGUCAGAGGAAGAAUGUGGUUAGAACGGAGGAAGAGUUGACCGAUGACUUUGAGAAGCUGAAGAUGAUGGUGGACCAGUUUCGGGAACUGAAGCUAGACCGGAGAAGGGAGAUGAAGUAUGAGGAGCUGGAGAGGGAAUUGAAGAAGGAAAAGAUUAAGCUACAACUGUUCCGGCUCUAUCACAUCGGCAGCACUCAGGAGGCCCUUCGGGAAGAUGUGGAGGUGAAGGAGGGAUACUUGAAGGAACUGGAGGAGAAAGAGAGAAAACAGGCUGAGAACUUGGAGAGAAAGUUGAAAGAUCAAGCUGUGGUAGUGCAAGAAAUUGGUAAUGUGGAGCAGAAAGUCGGGGAAGAGGAGAUCCAGUUUAGCAAAAGACGUUCUGAACUUAUAACAGUCAAAGAGUGUCUGGCUGAGAGGACAAAGAAAAAGGAUAUUUGCUCAAAGCUUCUGGUUAAGGCAAAGGAAGCUCGAGAGGACCAGGUGAGGAAGUUGGAGGAUCUGAAGAAGGAGCUGGAGAAGACAGAGAUUUUAGCAGCUCAGUAUGAAAAGAGGCUUGCAGAGGAGGCUUUGAAGAUGGGUAAAAGUGUGCAGCUGGAGGGGGAGCAGCUGAAGCAGUACCACCAGCUCAAGCAGCAGGCCGGUCAGUGCUGUGUUGCAUUGCAGCAGAAAGUUGACUUCCUUUCUCGCCAGCUUAAGACACAUCUUGAUCAGCUGGCGAACAAGAACCGACAGAUGGAGGAGAGGCAAGAGGCUCUGAGGAGGAAACAGGAAGAGGUGCAGGAUCUGAAGAAAAGGAGAGAGAGACUGACUGCAAAUUUGAAGUUAAAGAAGGAGACUUUGGCAGAGAAGCAGGAGGGGCUCAAGGAUUUACAGAAAGAAGUCACCUACAAAAGGGACAAGCUGAAGGAAUUACAGAGUGAACUAAUCACUUUGACAGAUGAUCUAAAUGAGGCUUCUUGGAAUGUUAAUGAGAGCCAGAGGCAUACCAAAAAGCAGGAGGUAUUGGAGAUGCUUCGGGUAAAGUUUUCUGGUGUUUAUGACCGACUGAAGAAUUUGUGUCAACCCAUACACCCAAGGUACCAUGUGGCUGUCACUCGUGUCCUCUUGAAACACCUGGACUCCAUUGUGGUGAACAACGAAGUCACGGCCCGCAAGUGUAUGCAGUAUCUGCAUGACCAAAGGAUUGACCGAGAAACCUUCCUGCCUCUCAACUAUCUGAGGAUUCAUCCACUGAGGGAGAGUCUCAGGGCCAUACAGGAGCCACAGAAUGUUAAACUGGCUUUUGAUUUGAUUAAAUUUGAACCUCCUGAAGUAAAGAUGGCAGUGCUGUUUGCCACCAAUGACAUCCUGGUAUGUGACACUCCUGAAGAUGCCAUGAAGGUUGCAUACGAGAUUGAAGAGACGAGGCUCAGUGCGGUAGCUUUGGAUGGCACCUUCUUCAGCAAGUCUGGGCUGGUGUCAGGUGGAAAGUUGGAUUUGGAAAAGAAGGCAAAGUGUUGGAGUGAAAAGAAUGUAGCUAAUAUGAGGAUCAAGAAAAAUAAAGUCAUGGAAGAACUGAGGGAGCUGUAUAAGGUGUCACGGGAAGAGUCGGAGAUGAAAAUUUUGGAGGUUCAGGUUCAAGGGCUGGAGGCACAGGUGAAAUAUGUAUCCUUGGAAUUAGAUAACCUCAACAAGCAAAUAGGAGAAUUGGAGAAACAACUUACAAAAAUGGAAGGUGAGAGGAUGAUCCAUGUUGACCAUCUUGAAAAUAUGGAAGCAGCCACAGCAGAACAUGAAAUGGAGAUAAUGGAAGUGAAGGAUGAGAUAAAGCAGAAAGAGAAUGAGAUCUUUGAGGAUUUCUGCAGGGAGAUUGGUGUCCCAGAUAUUUGCCUAUUUGAAAAUGAAGGCUUGCAGAUUUUGAUGGAACAGGAGCAGGAGCGGUUGAAAUUUGAGAAGCAGAAGAGUCGGAUCAUGAGUUUGAUUACCUAUGAGAAGAACAGAGACAUGGAGAAAGAUGUGGAGAAAUGGGAUGCAGUCAUUGCAGCCCAAAUUAAAGCACUGGACAAGGCCAAAGAGGAGGAGCAGGAAAAGAUUGGUGAGGUGGAAGCAGCAAUGAAGAUGGUGGCAAAGGCUAAGUCAAAGUUGAUAAAAAAGGAACAAACCUUGCGUGAGGCGGGAGAGAUCGUGGAUGCAGUGCAGGAGGAGGCUCGGCUGAUCAGAAGAGAAAGAGAGAAAAUACUGAACAAAAUUUCACGCAUUAAGCAGAAGGUUGCUUCACUUAGGGUGGAGAAGCAAACUAUCCUGCAGCAGUGUCACAUCAAGAGUAUGAAGCUCCCUCUGCUCUCAGGUUCUCUACAAGAGGCAGUAGGUCAUGUAAUGGAGUUGUCUACAUCAUCUAGGGAAAUAUCAACUGAAAUGCAGACACAGAGCACAUCCCAGGCUGAGCCAGACAUCGAAGUGGAUUUCACUUUCCUGUCCACCAAAUACAAGGAGCUGGAGAAUGAGGAGCAGCGCAAUGACGUGAAAGAAUACAUUGUCUCCAAAAUCAGCAAAUUAGAGAGGAAUCUAGGCGACUUACAGCCUCCAAAGAAGAGGACGAGGGAAAACCUGAGAGAGUUGGACCAGCAGGUGAAGGCCAUGAGAGUUGCCUUGAAGGAGAAGCAGCUCCAAGUCCGGAGUGCCAAGAAUGCCUUCGAGAACGUCAAACAAGAGCGUCACAGGCUUUUCAUGGACUGUUUCUCUUCCGUCUCUAACAAAAUUGAUAAUCUUUUUAAGACCUUGUGGGGAGAUAAUGCAGCUCAGGCUUUGCUGGCGACAGACAACCAGGAGGAGCCGUACUUGGGGUCUGUCAUUUAUCACUGCAUUCCACCCGGCAAGCGGUGCCAACAGAUGUGCACCCUGUCUGGUGGAGAGAAAGCCAUUGCCUCUCUUGCCUUGCUUUUUGCUCUUCAUAGCUACAAUCCUGCCCCAUUCUUCAUCCUGGAUGAGGUGGAUGCAGCCCUGGACAAGAUAAAUAUCCACAGGGUGACCUCUUACCUUUGUGAGCACAAGGAGGAAAUGCAGAUUGUGGUAAUGUCUCACAAGGAAAGGCUGUAUCGCAAGGCAGAUGCCCUGUUUGGGAUAACUUUCAGGACAAAUGGGUACAGCAAGGUGUUUUCCUUUGACUUGGUACCAUAUCAUAGGAGGCGCCGCCUCACCCACCAUAGGCAACGCAGCCACCACAGCCUUUCUCCACAAUCACAGUCACAAUCAUCUCUGACUUCAGUGGAGAUCCACGAGGAGUCAUUUACUUCCCAGACACAGGUGUGACUCUCUCCACUAGACAAGAUGCCAAGAUGCUAGGCUGGGAAUUGCUUGAUACACAAGAAAGCAAAUUACUUGAUCAUGGAUAUACAUGGAGAAUGUUUUCUGAAUAUGAGGAAAAGUGUAUCUUUUACUGUGCAUAGAGAAGUGACAGUUUAGUUAAUUAAGUUAGUGAAGAAAAGUAUGCCAAAUUUAUACUAUGAAGAAUAUUUCCUUAUCAUGAACUCAAAGAUCCAUUAUUUUGUUAAGCUAUGCCAUUUUUGCAUUUAUGUGUGUGUGUGUGUGUGUGUGU